AUGGAUUUGAUCCUUUCGGAGCUCCACAGAUUAGAUCAAUCCACUGUGGUUGUUCAGCCAGAGCAAGCAAUUUUUAGAACUUUGCAUCCUCUGACAAUUUCUCUCUUCUAUUCUGCACCAGAAGACUACUUGAGAGAGUUGGAAAAAUCAUUAUUCAAAAUUCUUGAAAUCAAUCAAGGAGUAUUAUCCACACAGUGUGUCAUCCUGAUUGGCCGCAAAUUAAGGGAAAUCUACAAGCGAAAUAUUCCUUUUAAUGCUGACCAAUUCGUCAGUAAUUUAAACAGCAAGCCAACUCAGUCUAAAAUCAUCUUGUUUGGCGCACUCUGCGGCACACAAGGCCUAAUGCCGACCCAUUAUCAAAAUGUAAUGCCUACUCUUUUCAAAGUUAACGAGAAGCUGUAUAUUCCUGCGUUAUACUGCUUAAGACAUAUCUUUAAGACCCUAAAGAACACAGCAGGAAAGCUUGAUUCCCAAGCCAUUUCAUUCGUCAAUAAAAUUUCAAGCAAACCGAUCGAACAAUCCCAAGUUGCAUGUAUCAAACUUCUUAGAGUUCUUUCUGUCUACAGAAAUAACGAUGUUUCGAACAUUUUUGCCAUUUAUGAUAAUAUUUUACAAAGUUCUUCAUCAGAAAUCAUCAAUGACGAGAUAUACAAGUCAGUUGCAAAGUAUGCAGCAACAUUCAUUACACCAUCAACAUCGAAUCUCGACAAACUUCAAGAAGUUUUCAACAGAUACAACUUUUACACAACAUUCAAGUAUUUUUCUACUAUUGUUGGUCCAUCGACAAUCUCUAUGUACUCAUCUCAACUCACACAACUUUAUUUGAGCAAAUAUCCAAACGCAGUUUCUACAAUCAUCACAUGUGUGCGAGAAGAAGACAAAGAAAAUAUUGUCAAGUCUAUUGUCAACCACCGCGAUCUUCCCGAUGCAUUACAUUGUCUUAAAAUUCUUCCACAAACAGAGAACAUCAUUCUUGAAUCCGCUAAUGUUGCUCUGUUACUUUACACAUCAAACAAUUCAUACAUCAAAGACAUUGGUUCACAAUUCUUUUCAAGUUUCAUUUUUGAACAUCGUGAAGCAGCAUUUAAAUUCAUUGCAUCUAAAUUACAAACAAUUUAUGACCAAAAAUUGAAAUCUAAUGAUCUUGAAUCCACCGCAACAGUCAUCUCUCGACUUAUUGCCGCAUCACCAGACAAAUAUGAUAUUUUGAAUUGUGUUAAAACAGUCUUUUGUUCUAUUUUGAGUCGUGACAUUGGUGAAACAUAUAUUUGGCCACUUCUUUCGGUUUGUCCAAAUGAAUGGAUGAACAGCGAACUUGUUGAAUCUAAAAUCAACCAUUUCGAAGGUGAUUACGAAGGUAUUUUCCAAUUUUUCAUGUUUACAUCUACAAAAUCAUCAAAAAUCAAAGAUUUAAUUCUUAAAUUCGUCGAUCACUGUAUUGAAAACAUCACAUCAUCAAUUGUUACAUCAUUUUCUGUUUUAAUUCCAAGUGUUUUCGAAGGAACUAGUCAAAUUCAAAAAAUUAUUAAAACUUUUGUUGAAUUUCUUUUUGAACAAGAAGUUAAUCAAGAUUUAGUUCAAAACAUCACAGAAACUAGUUUUCCAUUUGAAGGUGACAUUGUUAAGAAACGUCAUCAUAUUCCAGAACAUGUCUAUGAAUCGACAAAAAUUAUUAUUAAAUUGUCUAGUUUGAUUUGUCAUUUGAUUAGUCUUUUAACAGACAAAGAACAAACUUCAAUGAUUGAUUACAUCAUUAAUCACAAGAAAUCUAUUUCAAUGCAACGUGUUUUGUUGAUUCAAUUGAUCAACAACGAUAAAACACGUGAUAAAUUACCACGCGGCUUUUUAAUUCCUCUUUUAAAGUCAUUGAAAGGUACGGACAAGUUUUUUUUGUUGUUAACAUGUGAAAGUAUUUCACGAUACAUCCAUUUCAAUGAUAGUUAUUUGAAAGCCACAAUUAAUUUCAUCGAAAACAACAAAAGUAAUCCAUCCAAUUAUUUGAUUGGUAGUUUAUCACAUCACAUUCACAUCAGUAAUGAAUAUUUAAUCCGGUUAGUUAUGUGCAUCAACAAACGUAUUUCCAGUAUUAGUUUGCGAUUGACAUCAUUUUAUGCAUUGAAAUGCAUCAUUUGUACACACUCCAUGGACAUCAGUUCAUUGUCAUUAGGUCAACACCAACUUAGUUUGUUCAUGGAUUGUUUGAAUGAUUUCACAUUACCUGAACCACUUUUAGUUCAUCUUAUUUCAGACACAUUUAUUUUGUUACUUCCCACAUUGAUUCCAGAAUGUCUUGAACCUAAUUCCCCACUUCGAAACCAAAUCACAUCAACCGUCCAGUCAUUAAGUCUCACACCAUAUUUGACCGCUCGUGAAGAUUUCUAUUCUACUGUUCAUUCUGUUCUUACAUAUUGUUUUCCACUUGUUUCAGAGAUUGAUUUAGACAGCUCUCGCUCUAUUAACUCCGCAUCUAUUUCACUUCGCAUUGAAGUUAUGAAAGCAUUCACAAUUCUUUCUAAACAAGGCAGUUGUCCAAGUACUGUUCUUAGUUUAGUUAUUGAUUGUUGUUCUAAGAUGAUUCAACAAACGCAUGAAAACAUCGAAUUCAUUUCUACAGUUUCUAAUGCAGUUGACUAUGUUCAUCAGAAGAACGAACUUUUCAGUAUUGUUAAUUUGAUCAAAUCUAUCUUAGAAGAAAAAUAUAUUCCUAGUUUGAAUGGAGUUUUUCCAUGCGAAAACUUAAUCAUCGAAUGUUUGAUUUCAUCAUCAAUUAUCUUCAGAAAACUUCUUCAAAUUCGUCCACUUCCAGUUAUCAUGAUCAAUGAUAUCAUUUCAUCAGUUUGUCUUUCAUUAUUGACAAAUAACCAUCAGAUUCAUAAAUAUAGUUUUGAUUCAUUAUCUACUAUUUUAGAAUUAUCGAAACGAAAUCAUCAACUAUAUGAUAAUUACGAGAAACACUUUUUCACUGCUGCUAAAAUCGGAUUCACAAAUCUCGACAUAUCAACAAAGUAUCUUACCGAAUUUGUUAAUGAUAAAGAAGAAGUUUUAGAAUUAUAUACAAGUGAGAUUGAAAAAUUUUCAACUCAUUUACCACAAAACAUUUAUUGUAUUGUCUGUCGAUAUUUCAUCAAUAUCAUGAAAUUACCAAAAACAGACAAAUACGAUCAUCUUGUUAAAGUUAUUUUACCACAGUUCUUAGAUUUAAUGAAAGAAAUGAUUCGAUAUAAUUUCAAUAAUCAAGAUCAAGAAAGUUAUAAUUAUUUCCGAAAUUACUUGUCUGUUUUUUAUGAAGAUUUUUCAAGUGUCAUUAGUUGGAUGACAACCAUUGAUUGCACACAAAUCGAACGUAACGUUUUGUUAUCAUUUUAUGUUUUUGAACUUCGUACAUCAGAGGACAUCUGGCAAAUUAACGGCUGCAUCAAAGGCAUUACAUCAUUUGUCAAAUACUCAUCUAAAAUCGAUUUUGAUUUUGAAAUCCUUGAAGAAGGUCUUGAAAGUAUUUUGAGUCAUUUGCCUAAUAUUGGUGUUUCUAUUGGUCAAAACACAUCCGAACUUGUUUCAAUUCUUUUUGAAAAGAACAUUGAAAUCACAACACGUAUGAAAGAAAUCAUUUUUUCACUCUCAUUAAACACACCAUGUAAUUCACACGUUUACAUUCGAUUGCUUGAUGAACAUACAUCACAUCAUGUUGAAUUAGUUGAAAGCUUUUUGAUGUCUAACAACAUUGAUGAUGAGGAUAAAACACAAUUAUUUGUUUUGUAUCUUGAAAAAUGCAAUCAUCUUGAUAUCACACAUUCCGCAAUUUCAUUCUGCAAGCAACAAAACAAAGUUAAACUAGGCUUGAAACUUUGUGAAAUCUCAUUGAAUUACGAUGAUAUUUCAUAUGUUAGUAUUUCUGAUUUCUUUUCAAGUCAUGUUCGACAAGGUGUUAUUGAUAUUUUAUUGAAACUUGAAGAUUCUGACAAAUUGUCCAAAUUAUUAUCUAACAAUGUUGCAAACACUAUCUUCGGCUUUUGUUUAGGCGACAAUUCAAAUUCAGAAAAGUUUGCACAAAUCUUAGUUAAAAGUAUCACAUGUGUUGACAACUAUUCAUUUAAGUUUAGUGUUUUACGGUUGUGCUGUCACUGUUUGUCAACAUGGGUUAAUGACAAGAAGACUAUGGAACUUUAUGCAUCAUUAUUUAAACAAACCAAAGAAAGUCUUGGUGACAAAUUUAAUGAAUAUUGGCAAGAACUUACACCCGAAGAACGCGAAUUUUGCAUCCGAUCUCUCGAAAUGAUUUGA